AUGGACGGAUUCGACGAAGAAGCUUUCAAAAAAUUCUUCCCAUCUGGUUUUGGCAAGCAACAAAAAUCAGUAGAUGUCGAAACUCAAAUUAGUCGAUCGAAGCGAGCAGAGGCCUCCGCAUCGAAGCCGCUCGCUGAACUUGAAACUACAGCGUCGAGCACUUCGAUUGACCAUGUCGCAAAUGAAAAGCGACCACAAGAGCGCAGGCAUAGCAAAAGCGAAAGUGACUCUGAUGAUGACGGUGAUGACAGCGACGAUGACAGUGAAGAUGAUGAGGAUGAAUUUCCCGUGUCUCAUGAGCUAGUGCUGAAGACACAUGAUCGGGCUGUGACGACUAUGACCGUGGAUCCGUCUGGAGGGCGACUGAUUACAGGAUCCACCGAUUGCACCCUCAAAUUCCAUGAUUUCGCAUCUAUGACACCGUCGACCAUUCGCGCAUUCAAGUCUGUUGAUCCCUCAGCCAAGAAGCAAUCGGCGGCCCAAGAUACCCAUGCGGUUAACCACGUUGCGUUCAACCCGCUCUCUCCAGGCCAUGUGCUGGUUGUCUCUGCCACGGCUCAACCUCGAAUCCUCAGUCGAGACGGCGACACUUUGACCGAAUUUGCGAAGGGCGAUAUGUACCUCCGCGACUCGCACCACACGAAAGGCCAUACGUCCGAGGUGUCAAGUGGUGCGUGGUGUCCCACGGACGGAAAUCUAUGCGCCACCGCUGGUUCCGACAGCACAGUGAGGAUUUGGGAUGUCAAUGUUGGGCGAUCACAAAAAGAAGUUAUUGUGCACAAGUCGAGGGCUGCUGGGUCUGCUGGACGGACCAAAGUCACCGCUGUGGCAUGGGCAUCACCUAAACAGGGUGGGUCCAACGUUCUAGUUGCGGCGGCCUUGGAUGGUAGUCUUGUGAUGUGGGGAGGGAAUGGCCCGUUCAGUCGACCUAGUGGUGAGGUCCGAGAGGCACAUACUCGGGACACAUGGACCAGCGGCCUCGACGUGAGUGUCGACGGUCGCCUUAUCAUCAGCCGGGGAGGUGACGAUACAAUCAAGCUGUGGGACACUCGGAAGUUCAAAACACCCUUGGUUACUGUCACUCAUCCGUCUACAUCAUUCCGUUAUCCAACCUCCAAUAUUCAGUUCUCACCGAGUUCGACAAACGUCAUUGUUGGCUCUGAGACUGGUCACUUGCAUAUCCUCAAUUCUGCCAGACUUGAGCCCGAGCUGGUGACUCCCGUCACUCCAGGAUCACCAUUAGUCAGUGUGCUUUGGCAUGAGAAGCUCAAUCAGAUCCUCACCGGCUCCGCCAAUGCGGAAACCCAUGUGCUUUACAAUCCCACAAUGUCCACCAGGGGUGCUGCUCUCGUCAUGUCCAAGGCACCGAAACGUCGCCACGUGGACGACAAUCCUACGUUGACAACAGAUCUAUCGACUGGCCUGGCUGGAGACUCCGUAGUCGUCAGCUCUAAUGGUGUUCCACACUACAGCUCUGCCACGUUUGCUGCCCGUCAUCCGACUGUCGGCUUGACGGCAUCCGGUCGCUCAAGGGACCCUCGACGUCCUCAUCUCCCACAAGUCACACCUUUUGCAAAAUCCCAGCCGGAUGAAAAGCAUAUUCGAGAAAACAUUCCUCUCAGUUCAAUGCGUGAUGAGGAUCCUCGGGAGGCGCUUCUCAAAUAUGCCGAGAAAGCCGAAAAAGACCCUAUUUUCACACACGUCUAUAAAGAAACGCAGCCCAAGGCGAUCUACGCGGAGUUGAGCGAUGAGGAAGAGCCUGGGCCCGAGAAGAAAAGAACCCGGCGGUGA